CUUUAGGCGGUUCAAGGCAGCAGUGACAAGCUCGUCGUGUCCUGCUGACCUCUCGCUUGCUGGCUGUGGCAGUGUCUGUUUCUUUGGUACGCUUCGUAGUCCUUCCAUCCAAGAUGGGGAAGAUUAUGAAAGCAAACAGAGUCGUCCUCGUCCUCAACGGAAGGUACGCAGGACGAAAGGCGAUCGUACUCAAGUCCUACGAUGAAGGGACUCAAGAUAAACAAUAUGGCCAUGCUUUGAUCGCUGGCAUCGACAGGUACCCAAGAAAGGUACACAAGAGGAUGAGCAAGGCUAAAAUCAAGAAGAGGUCCAAGAUCAAGCCUUUCUUGAAGGUCAUGAACUACAAUCACCUCCUUCCCACAAGGUACACGGUAGCCGAUAUCGUACCAGAGCAGAAGGUCACCCCUAAAGACCUAAAAGACCCGAUGAAGAAAAAGAAAGCCCGCUUUUGGGUCAGGGUGAAGCUUGAAGAAAAGUAUAAAGCCGGAAAAAACACAUGGUUUUUCGACAAGCUGAGGUUUUAGGUCUUUGUACAUUCUUUUAAUAAUAAUAUAAAAAAUUAUCCUUGU